UUGUCAGUCAAGGCUGAAACGCAGUCCUGUACGGAUCGACAUAGUGCAUGAGGCGCAGUUUACAGAGGGACAGAGGAAGACGCCUAACAGAUGUCGGCGUCCACUUUUCAGUGACUUUCCCAUCAGGGCACUUUGAAUCGCACGAUGACAUGCAGUCUUUAAAUCCGCGCUUUGGGCGUGAAGGACAGCUAUGAUGCUCCGAAGAGGAUGUAGUACUGAGCGCAUUUACUGACCAUGCGUUCAGACUGGAUACAGGAAGAAACAGGGUGUUUCGGCUUUUACAAUUAAGCUUGAAACAAACACGUUCACACCCUUUCCCCCGCAUAAGUACAGGGUGAAAUGUUUCCUAAACUGUGCUUUUAAGGAAAACAUUUUCCCAAUUUUCUUUUCUUCCACCCUGAAAACGGGAUGCGAGGGAACUUCUGAGGCACGUAGCCGGUAGGAUCGUGUCGACACCUGCCUAGAUGAUCGCACCUUGUACCGGGACUCUGGAAGGGCUCCUGUCCCGCUAGGACUUACGACUCAGCCACUUUAUCAAGAAAAAAAAAGACAAUUUCUUUAACAAUAUCGGGUUUUUGGUGUAGGAACCUGUACGGAUACUAUGUCACAAUGCUUCCACUACGAUUCAUUUUUCUCUUUGGAUUAUUGCACAUCGGAGCCAAUGGGUCCCGCCUGCGCCAGGAGGACUCCCCUCCCCGCAUCGUGGAGCACCCCUCCGACCUGAUCGUGUCCAAGGGUGAGCCGGCCACCCUCAACUGCAAGGCGGAGGGCCGGCCAGCGCCCACGGUGGAGUGGUACAAGGACGGCGAGCGUGUGGAGACGGACCGGGAGAACCCGCGCUCGCACCGCAUGCUGCUGCCCAGCGGCUCGCUCUUCUUCCUGCGCAUCGUGCACGGCCGCCGCAGCAAGCCCGACGAUGGCAGCUAUGUCUGCGUGGCCCGCAACUACCUGGGCGAGGCGGCCAGCCGCAACGCCUCGCUGGAGGUGGCCAUUCUUCGUGACGACUUCAGGCAGAACCCCUCGGACGUGGUGGUGGCGGUGGGGGAGACGGCCGUUUUGGAGUGCCAGCCCCCCCGGGGGCACCCAGAGCCCACCACGUACUGGAAGAAAGACAAGGUGCGCAUGGAGGAUAAGGACGACAGAGUCACGAUCCGUGGGGGGAAGGUGACGAUCACUAGUGCCAGGCGUAGCGACUCCGGAAUGUACACCUGCAUGGCCGUCAACAUGGUGGGCGAGCGGGAGAGCGAGGCAGCCCAGCUGUCCGUGUUCGAGAGACCCAGUUUCCUGCGGAGGCCCACCAAUCAGGUAGUGCUGGUGGAGGAGAGUGUAGAGCUGCGGUGCCAGGUGCAAGGCGACCCACUGCCCACAGUGCGCUGGAAGAAGGACGACACCGAGGUGCCACGCGGCAGGUACGAGAUGAAGCAGGAGCGUGACGAGCACGUGCUGCGCAUCCGGAAGGCUCUGGUGGCUGACCAGGGUCGCUUCACCUGCGUGGCUGAGAACCGUGUGGGGAAGGCGGAGACGGAAGCCACCAUCACUGUCAGGGCUCGCCCCGUGGCUGCACCGCAGUUUGUGGUCCGUCCGCGGGACCAAAUCGUGGCACUGGGGCACAUGGCCAUCUUCGCCUGCGAGACCAAGGGGAACCCCCAGCCCACUGUCUUCUGGCAAAAGGACGGGAGCCAGAAUCUUCUGUUUCCCAGCAUGCCCCAGCAGACAGACAGCCGCUUCUCUGUGUCCCCCAGUGGGGAGCUCACCAUCGCAGCUGUGCAACGCGCCGACGCCGGCUACUAUGUCUGCCAAGCCCUGACGGUGGCUGGCAGCAUCAUGGCCAAGGCACAGCUGGAGGUCACUGACGCAAUGACAGACAGGCCGCCGCCCAUCAUCCGGCAGGGCCCGGCCAAUCAGACGCUGGGUGUGGACGAGGUGGCACUGUUGCGGUGCCAGGCCUCGGGGGACCCUUCGCCCGCCAUCAGCUGGCUGAAGGAUGGCAUCAGCCUGCCCGGUCACGACCCUCGCCUGUCCCUGGUGGAGCUGGGCAGCCUACAGAUCCACAACACUAAGCUGUCGGACUCAGGGAUGUAUACCUGUGUGGCUGGCAGCUCUACUGGGGAGACCACCUGGAGCGCAUUCCUGGAAGUGAGAGAAUCUGGUGGGGCCACUCCUUCCGCUCCCUACGAUGCCAGCGAGCUCCCUGGGCCCCCGUCCAAGCCGCAGGUCACUGAUGUCACCAAGAGCAGCGUGUCGCUGUCGUGGCAACCUGGGCCAACGGGGGCGUCGCCCAUCUCGCUAUACAUCAUCGAAGCAUUUAGCCAGUCGGUGAGUAACAGCUGGCAGACGGUGGCGGAGCGUGUUAGGGCCACACAGCACACGGUGCGCGGCCUGCGGCCCAACACCAUAUACCUGUUCAUCGUGCGCGCUGCCAGCUCCCGGGGCCUGGGGGGCCCCAGCCCCGUGUCCCAGCCAGUCCGCACGCAGGACCCAAGCCCUCCCGCACAAGGUGUGGACCACCGGCAAGUGCAGAAGGAGCUGGGAGAGGUGGUCAUUCAUCUACAUGACCCCCAGGUCGUCAGCGCUACUGCCAUCCAGGUUACAUGGACGGUGGACCAGCAGACGCGUUUCAUUCAGGGCUACCGUGUCCUAUACCGCCAGGCCUCGGGCCUUCCGGCCCCCGGGCCCUGGCAGGGCCAGGAUGUGACCCCGCCCUCUGAGCGCAGUGUGGUGCUCUCCGGUCUCAGGAAGGGCGUGGUCUAUGAGAUCAAGGCCCGCCCCUACUUCAAUGACUUCCAGGGGGCCGACAGCGAGUCUAAGACGGGCCGCACUGCGGAGGAAGCCCCCAGCGCUCCUCCUCAGCAGGUGACCGUCGUCACCCUGGGGAGCCACAACAGCACUUCCAUCAGCAUCUCCUGGGACCCCCCACCCGCCGACCACCAGAACGGCAUCAUCCAGGAGUACAAGAUCUGGUGCCUGGCGAACGAGACGCGUUUCCACGUGAACAAGACCGUGGACGCCGCCAUCCGCUCAGUUGUGCUGGGGGGGCUGCAGCCAGGGGUGCAGUAUCGCGUGGAGGUGGCCGCUACCACCAGCGCGGGCGUGGGUGUGCGGAGCGAACCACGACCAGUCCUCAUAGGUAAAGACUCCAAAGAGGUGGUGUCGGGUGGGGAAGAGAAGAGCAGCCUCUCGGACGUGGUGAAGCAGCCAGCCUUCAUCGCUGGCAUCGGAGGUGCCUGCUGGAUUGUGCUCAUGGGCUUCAGCACCUGGCUUUACUGGCGGAGGAAGAAGAGGAAGGGCCUGAGUAACUACGCAGUUCAGUCCUUCACCUUCACCCGUGCAGUGACAUUCCAGCGAGGGGAGAGAGGCCUGAUGGGUGGUGGAAGCCGGCCUGGCCUGCUGAAAGCUGGCAGCCCUGCUUUUCCUUGGCUGGCGGACUCCUGGCCCACUUCCAGCCUGCCUGUGACCGGCGGCGCCGGGGGUCCCGGCGAUUCUGGCAACUAUGGCCGUGGGGACCUUCUGCCUGUUGGCCAGGGUGAGAAGACGAGCACCAUGCUGUCUGACGGCGCCAUCUACAGCAGCAUAGACUUCAGCAGCAAGCCGGCCUUUGGUAGCCAAGCCACACCCUACGCCACAGCACACAUCCUGCAAUCCAGCAGCUUCCACCAGCUGUCCGUGGAGGUGCCUGAUCCUCGCUGGAAGGCCCCUCCUCUGGCCCGGCCGGACACUUCCACCUUGGGCUAUGCACUGGGCGAUCCCCACUCCUGCAACAGCACACUCCUUUUCAUUCCCGACAACCGAUUGGCCGAUGGAUUGUGUAGUAGAAUCCCUCACAACCAAUCACAAGAUUUCAGCAGCAGCAGCUCCCACAACAGCUCAGAGCGCACCCUCUCAGGUGGGAAGGGGGGAAAGAAGAAGAGGACCAAGGGUGGGAACAAGACCCCGAAGAGUAAUGGGUCAUGCUGGGCUAACAUUCCCCUGCCCCCGCCGCCCAUGCAGCCCCUGCCCGGCACUGAGAUGGAGCACUACGCCCAGGGGCUCGAGGGGCCAGGGUACACGGGUGACAGCCUGCACCGGCCUCUUCCUCAGCAGGCGUACCUGCACCAGGGACCGGAAGAUGAGCUGGAGGAGGAGCGAGUCCCGACCCCACCUAUCAGGGGCGUGGCCUCCUCCCCGGCACCAGUGACGCUCAGUCCCUCCACCAGUGAGGAAAUGCACUCGGCGCUGCAGGCGCACUUGGAUGAGCUGACGCGCGCCUACCAGUUGGACGUGGCCCGGCAUGCAUGGCAGCUGCAGACCAGCCAAAACCCUCCUCACACUCCCGCUCCACCGGUUGGCUAUGUAUCCGGCGCCCUAGCUUCCGACCUGGAGAGCGACGUCCUGGAUGAGGACGAGGAGGAUGAGGACGAGGAAGAGGAGGAAGAGGAGGAUGAGGCAGAGCGCAAUGGCUAUGAGCUGUCCAGCCGACUCUGCGGCAUUGACCCUGGGCUCAGUGUGAACCACCUGGAUGGCUCCUUCACAAGUGAGUCAAUCACAGGGAAAGGUUUCGCACAUCACCCACAACCAGGCAGUCCUCCCCUUGUAGAUGGCACUAUGAUGGGAUCCCGCAGUCUUGGCCACCAGAGGGCGCCACAGUAUGCCCUGAAAAACAGAGCUGGGCGGCCAGAGUAUUGUGGAACCGAACCACACCGACGGGACAUGGGUGCAGGCGAUGAAAGUCUUCAUCCAUACUGCCCGCCUGGCUUCCUGGGUCCUGCCAGCUCUGUGAGCCGAGGACCCCGCCAACGCGCCGGCCCAGAUGCCUUAGGGGCGGGCCUCCAGGGAGCCAAUGAGGAGCUUCAGCACUUCCGGGAUCUCUAGUGGCACCACGGCAAAAACACCAACCAAAUCGUCACUGCCAGGACUUCUUGUCGCAAGAGGGAACUCUGGCAAUCAGCUUAUUGAUGGAACACUGACCGAAGACAUAAAGGAGGAAAUGAAUGACAAGAACUGGACAGCCCAGUAAAGGGAGGUGUAUGGCAACUGCACAUGCCAUGUAAAGACACACGGACACACCACUCACGACAUGAACUAAAUGUUCUUUUUCUGUCCUCCUUAUGGGAACUCCUGGUCCUAUUGGGAGAAGUCAAUCUGUAAACAAGGGAAUUCUGUAAACAAGGAAAACGAAGAGGGGGAAGACCUGCCAUUGUCCCUUGAGGACAGAAGAGAUUUUGUUUCUGUAAAUAUUUUUUAAUUUGUUGUUGCAUCGCUAUGCAAGCAAGUCUCCCUUUUUUAACACGCGAAUUUUGUUUCUGAAUGGUUAUUUGUACUGUGUAACCUGUUGAUGGGCCGUGGUGAAACACUCCUGUACUUUAUGUUCCUGUUCUUAAUUUAAUUAUGGAAAAUUUAUUAUUAUCAUAAUUAUUAUGAACAACACGAUGGAUCAAUGUCGUUAUUUUGCACGAUUGUUUUUUGGUGAUAAGCACAAACAGCCCGUGGACACGAGGAAGCUGAGGGCCAUUUGAAGAGGAAGAGUAAGACUGAGAGAUGCAUGCAGAGGACCUCCAUGAGGUAAAAAAUUAUGGCAGGAAUUGACCUCCAGGGGGGCAGAAGGAGGAGGUGCUGGUGACUCCCAUCAUCUAGAUGUGGGGAAGAAAUGCCCACAGUGAUUGUUUUGGUUGUGGUGGGAGGGGCGAUAUUUUUUUCACAGCUGCUUAUUUUACAGACGCCUGAACGAGAGAUUUAAUCUGUACUUAAAAGAAAUAUGUUGGUGAACAGGGGUGAUUCUAGGAUUUUUUAAGGGGGGGGCAUAAUUCAUAUAGUGGGGACAACCUUAUCAUUAGCCAAUAACAUGGUUUGAAUUGAUGAGUGACAGAGGAGGCUGCAUUCCGGGGGCCAAUCAGCUUUCAGCUUGGGCCAAGUGGCACCGGCGCUUUACACGCCCCUGUUGGUGAAGCACUUUUAAGUGAGUUCACAUAGAGAUAAACGUGUGAGAGAGAUGUACGGUGACGAAGGGAAGAUGCUUUGAUUAUUUUGUCAUGUUCCGAGGAAGAAAAGGAAUCAUGUUGAUGGGGGGGCACACUGAUCACCUAAAUUGUAACCAUGGCAAUACAUUUAAAAAAAAUGAAAAAUCCAGGCUUGUUAUCAGAUAGUCAGGAAUGAGUCGCAUUGUUGUUCUGGUGAUGGGGGGAUGGGGGUGGUGCCCAGGGGCUCCUCCUACUGGUGGACCAGGGGACUGGCAGGUGCAUCCAGGUGGAACUGGGCUCCUCACGUUUAUCAACCCCAGCCUGAACUUCACUGCCUCACUGUAAGCUUGUACCUUUAUAUUUGUGUUUACCCCCCUCCCCUUACCCACUGCCUGACCCACCCCCCCAUGCCAUGUCCUGCCUCGGGAGAUACAGGCAAUUGCAGUAUGAA